UCUCUCUGUUCUCUCUCAUCUAACUAUAAUUAAGAAAAAAAGAAAGGAAAAAAUUGGAGAAAUAAGAGAGCAGAAGAGUGAAGGGGAGAUGUAUACCUGAUGGAAGAAGAUGGUGAAGACAGUGAAGAAUAGGUCAUUUUCAUUUUAAUUUUGGUUGCUGAUUUAUUAGUCUAUGCUCUUUAUUUAUCGCCAGUGGCCUUCUAUUCUCUUCCAUUAAGGAUUGCACCUUACAUCCGGGUUGUUUUUUUCAUUCUGAAUAUUAGGGAAUUACGGGAUAGCAUGCUCAUCUUGGCUGGAAUGCUUAGCACAUACUUAAAUAUCUUGGCUUUAGGGCUUUUAUUUCUUCUGUUCUCCAGUUGGAUAGCAUAUGUCAUGUUUGAAGAUACUGAACAGGGGAAGACAGUUUUUACAUCAUUUGGCACCACAUUGUAUCAAAUGUUUGUUUUGUUCACCACAUCUAACAAUCCAGAUGUCUGGAUUCCAGCUUAUAAGGCUUCACGUUGGGAUUGCUUAUUUUUUAUUCUCUACAUGCUAUUGGGCGUUUACUUCGUCACUAAUUUGAUCCUUGCGGUUGUAUAUGACAGCUUUAAAAGUGAGCUUGCAAAACAAGUGGCUGAGAAAGACCGAAUGAGGAACAGGACAUUAGGAAAAGCCUUUAAUCUCAGUGAUAAAAAUAAUCUUGGGUUUCUCGACAAAGAUCAAUGUAUCCUUUUGUUUGAAGAGUUGAAUAAAUACAGGACAUUGCCUAAAAUAUCGAGAGAAGAUUUUGAGUUAAUAUUUGAUGAGCUGGAUGACAGUCAUGACUUCAAGAUUAAUUUGGAUGAAUUUGCUGACCUUUGCAAUGCCAUCGGACUACGAUUUCAAAAGGAAGAUUCACUACCAUGGUUCGAAAAAUUUCCAACAAUCUACAAUUCAUCAUUAUCUAAGAAGUUGAAAACCUUUGCUCGAAGUCCUAUGUUUGAAUACAUAGUAGCCUUUGUUCUCAUCAUGAAUUUAGUUGCUGUUAUUAUCGAAACAACGCUUGAUAUAGAGAAUAGCUCCGCUCAAAAAGUUUGGCAAAAUGUAGAAUUUGUCUUUGGGUGGUUAUAUGUCUUGGAAAUGGCACUAAAAAUUUAUACUUACGGAUUUGAGAACUAUUGGAGGGAUGGUCAAAAUCGUUUUGAUUUCAUUAUCACAUGGGUUAUAGUGAUUGGAGAAACAGCAACUUUCUUGUCUGCCAAUGACCUAACUUUUCUUUCGAACGGGGAAUGGAUCCGUUAUCUUCUUCUUGCUAGAAUGUUACGAUUAAUUAGGCUCUUGAUGCAAGUCCAGCGGUACCGUGCCUUUGUUGCCACGUUUUUGACCCUCAUACCAAGUUUGAUGCCAUUUAUGGGCAUCAUAUUUUGCAUUCUAUGCAUCUAUUGCUCUCUUGGUUUACAGAUAUUUGGUGGUCUAGUCAAUGCUGGGAACCCCAAAUUAGAAGGAACAGAUCUUUCUGAUAAUGACUACCUACUUUUCAAUUUCAAUGACUACCCAAAUGGAAUGGUGACACUUUUCAAUUUACUAAUAAUGGGAAACUGACAAGCCUGGAUGCAGGUAACACUAAUCUGUCACGAUCAUCUAUAUCUUCUCUUCAUUCAUACUGCUCUGUGCAUGACUGAAGAAUAUGUCAACUUGUCUUUGCAGUUCACUUGUGAUUUAUGUUUACCUAGUUAACUAGUGAAAAUUAUGCCCUUUGUGGCUUGUUCUUAUUUGUUCCAUAUCCUUUCUAGCAACCAAAGGUUUUGGUGCCUUGUUUAUCUUGAGCUAACAAUUAAUCAGGAUGGCGCACCUUGCAGAAUAUACAAAAUUGUGUUUCCCACAGGACUAAAUA